AUGAAGAACAGUGAAGCUAGACCUGCCGGAUCUGCCGCAUUACCAGAGGCAAAUGAAGUUGAAAAGAAAAAUCCCAACGAGUGCAAUUACAUCCUGAAUGAUAAGAUAUCACACGGCAAAGACCGUGGUGGAUACAGGAACCGUGACAAUUACUCGAACGGUCGAGAUAAGUACUUAGGCGGCCGAAAAGGAAACCACAAUAACCGUGGUCGUGGUUCCAAUCCCGGCCGUGGCCGAGGCGGAUAUGGACGAGGUCGAGGCGAGAGUCUUAAGGACAAGAACCCGGAGGCUCAUAUGGUUCAUGAUUCCGGUUAUGAGGCUGAUAAAGAAUCUGAUGUUGCAAAUGACGACCUUAUGGAUUUUGAGACUUCUGAUUGUCUCAAAGACUAA